UGCUGGGAUUUGUAGUCUGCGGGUGCUCCCGUCCAACACGGCCCUCCGUUAUCCAUCCGAGAAGAAGCCAGAAGCCGAGAGGGCGGGCGGAAAGAGAGUUGGGAAGUCAGCGCGGUGCUUCAUAGGAAUUGUAGUUCCUGAGGCGAGUCCAGCCAUAGCCAGCACGGAGGGCAGGACUUCCCUUCCCGGUAGGCCCCGCACGCGGGCCCGGCAAAACCCGGCUCCGACUUGAACAAAUCAAAUCGAAGGAAAGAAACUGCCGGCUUUCAAAAAUCCUCCUCCGCCGCCAUCAUCGCUGGAGAUUGUGGAGCAGGUGGUGUGCACAAGCUAGACGAGCAGCCGCUGCAGCGAGGACCCUCGGGCGGACUGGGCACUGGGACCGCCGUACCGGGGCGCAGUGACCGGACCGGCCCUCACGCGAGCUCUCGAGCCGUCCCCGACGCGCGCGUUCCGUCGCCCCACGCGGCGCCGCCGCCUGUUUGCGGCCGGUUGCUGACCUUGGAGAGAUCAAUUCCAUCCCUCUGUGCUUUGGCUAGUCAUUCUUUAAAUUGGCAGAUCUCCAGGGCAGCCCACCAUUUUCACCAGCAUGGCCUCUGAAGACAUUGCCAAAUUGGCAGAGACCCUGGCCAAAACCCAGGUGGCCGGAGGACAGCUGAGUUUUAAGGGCAAGAGUCUCAAGUUGAAUACCGCGGAAGAUGCUAAAGACGUGAUUAAGGAGAUUGAAGAAUUUGAUGGCCUGGAGGCCCUACGAUUGGAGGGUAACACGGUGGGCGUGGAAGCGGCCAAAGUCAUCGCCAAGGCCUUGGAGAAGAAGUCGGAGCUGAAGCGAUGCCACUGGAGUGACAUGUUCACCGGAAGGCUUCGGUCUGAGAUCCCACCGGCUCUGAUCUCACUAGGGGAGGGACUCAUCACCGCGGGAGCACAGCUGGUGGAACUCGACCUCAGUGACAAUGCAUUUGGGCCUGAUGGAGUGCGAGGCUUCGAGGCUCUCCUCAAGAGCCCCGCCUGCUUCACCCUGCAUGAACUCAAGCUUAACAACUGUGGCAUGGGCAUCGGAGGCGGCAAGAUCCUGGCAGCAGCUCUGACUGAGUGUCACCGCAAGUCCAGUGCCCAAGGGAAGCCGCUGGCCCUGAAGGUCUUUGUGGCUGGCAGAAACCGCCUGGAGAAUGAUGGAGCUACUGCAUUGGCAGAAGCUUUUGGGAUCAUUGGGACUCUGGAAGAGGUCCACAUGCCACAGAAUGGAAUUAACCACCCCGGUGUCACGGCCCUGGCCCAGGCGUUUUCCAUCAACCCCCUGCUGCGAGUCAUCAACCUGAAUGACAACACCUUCACCGAGAAGGGUGCGGUGGCCAUGGCUGAGACCCUGAAGACCUUACGGCAAGUGGAGGUGAUCAAUUUCGGGGACUGCCUCGUGCGCUCUAAGGGGGCCAUUGCCAUCGCAGAUGCUGUCCGUGGGGGCCUGCCCAAGCUGAAGGAGCUGAACCUGUCAUUCUGUGAAAUCAAGAGAGAUGCCGCCCUGGUGGUUGCCGAGGCUGUGGCUGACAAGGCUGAGCUGGAAAAGCUGGACCUCAAUGGCAAUGCCUUGGGAGAAGAGGGCUGUGAGCAACUUCAGGAGGUGCUGGGCAGCUUCAAUAUGGCCAAGGUGCUGGCAUCCCUCAGUGAUGAUGAGGGAGAGGAUGAGGAUGAGGAAGACGAGGAAGGAGAAGAGGAGGAGGAGGAGGAAGAGGAUGAAGAUGAGGAUGACGAGGACGAGGAGGAGGAGGAUGACGAGGAAGAGCCGCAGCAGCGAGGGCAAGGAGAGGAGUCAGCUACACCCCCACGGAAGAUUCUGGACCCUAACAGUGGGGAGCCAGCUCCCGUGCUGUCCUCCCCGCCUCCCACAGACCUCUCCACCUUCCUGUCAUUCCCCUCCCCAGAGAAGCUGCUGCGUCUUGGUCCCAAGGUCUCCGUGCUGAUAGUCCAGCAGACUGAUACCUCUGACCCUGAGAAGGUUGUCUCGGCCUUCCUGAAGGUGGCAUCUGUGUUUAGAGACGAAUCCUCAGUGAAGACAGCAGUGCUGGAUGCCGUCGACGCCCUCAUGAAGAAGGCCUUCAGCUCCCCGUCUUUCAAUUCCAACACCUUCCUCACCAGGCUGCUCAUCCACAUGGGUCUGCUCAAGAGUGAAGACAAGAUCAAGGCCAUCCCCAUCCUGCAUGGCCCCCUGAUGGUGCUGAACCACGUGGUACAGCAGGACUACUUCCCCAAGGCUCUGGCACCCCUGCUGUUAGCCUUUGUGACAAAGCCCAAUGGCGCACUGGAAUCCUGCUCCUUUGCCCGCCACAGUCUGCUGCAGACACUACACAACGUAUAGGCUUAAAACCAUCUUCUCGUCCCUCACCCUGCACCAGUGACUGAGGGGACCUGGAUGGACUGAGCUCAGCCAACAUCUCCAUUGGAUAGGACUUUGACCAGAGGCAGGGGAGGGUCUUUGUCUCGUGUGUGGGUGUGGUGUGUGUGGGUGUGUACUUCCUGUCUGGAUUGCAGAUGUUCAUCUCUCCCUGCUGGACUAACCCAGGUCCACUGUGGGGGACUGAUACCCAGGGGAAGGGGCUGAAAGCUGCUUUGUUAUUAAACUCACCAACUUAGCCGUAGGCCUGGUGGCUGUCCUGCCUACCCUCUUUCUGUCCCACCAAAGCCUGGGGCAUCACUGUGUCCUGCUGUCUCUACCGUGCCUAAGGAACUGUCAGAGGGGGCUGUCAUCAGAAAGUCAAACUCCGGCUUCAGCCAUCUGGCUCAAAGGAGCUGGGGGCCAACCCCAAAUAGCCCAGGAGUGGGAAUUGUCUGGGGUGCCCUGGCUCUUAUACCCAGAGGAAGCGCUUUGGCUGGCCCAGACCUGUUCUUCAUCCUGGGGAGGGAAGGGCAGGUCUCCCUAAUACCAGAGCUACAUGUUGGGUUGCCCUUUGAGGUUUUUCUGAGGCAGGAUAGUGUAUUGGGGAUUGUGCUGGGUAGAAGAUGCCCUGUGACUUCCCUUAGUGGCUUGUGGCCACCUCCUGCUUUCCUUUGUGUUGUGUGUCUGGGCUGUGCCUGGGAGCUUCACAAAUAAAAGUCACCUGUGGUAGCUA